AUGCAAAGCUCCUCUCUCUCUCACACACACACUUAAGACCUACAUACAUAUACGCAUUAAAGCACUUAGAACGUCCACACAAACCUCUCAAACAUUCCUUUUUAUGCUUUUUGAACAACAGUGGAAAGUAAAGGCUCAUCUCUCUCUUUCUCUUUUUCUUUCUCUCUCAAUUUGCUUCCUUCAGCCAUGGAUACGGCUCACUGGCCACAGGAGAUCGCGAUGAAGCCUAUGGAAGAAAUGGUAGUACAAAACGCCACGAACUCAUGUUCAAAACCAUCUUCGAAUUCUUCAUCUUUAGAAAGAAGGGCAAGGCCACAAAAAGAAGCAGCUAUAAACUGUCCAAGAUGCAAUUCUACAAACACCAAGUUCUGUUACUACAACAAUUACAGCCUCUCGCAGCCUAGAUACUUUUGCAAGACUUGUAGAAGAUACUGGACAGAAGGUGGGUCUCUUAGAAACGUUCCUGUUGGUGGUGGCUCAAGAAAGAACAAGAGAUCAUCGUCUUCUAUAUCAUCUCAUUCUUCAAUGUCAAAGAAGCUGCCUGAUCUAGUUGUACCUCCUGCAGCAAACCCAGUACUUUCUCAAAACCCUAGGAUGCAUCAUGAGCAUGGGCAAGAUCUAAAUCUUGGUUUCCCAUCAACCAAUGAUUUCAAGACUAUUUCUGAGCUUAUUCAAGUACCCAAUUUUGAUGGGACCAAGAACACCACUUCCGCUUCAGGCACCACAACUUCUUCAGCUCAUCUUUCGGCUCUGGAACUCUUGACUGGAAUGACAACAAGGGGUAUGAUGAAUUCCUUUAUGCCAAUUCCAGUUCCUGAUCCCAAUUCGGUUUACUCGUCGUCAGGACAGCUGAUGAUUCCCAUGCCAGAAUUCAAGAUUCCAUCGCUUAGUUUUUCAUUGGAUGGAAUGGGAGGCAAUGGUGGGGGUGGUACGUAUGGAAGUAGCCUCCAUGAUAGUUCAAGUGGGAGGCUUUUGUUCCCAUUUGAAGAUCUGAAAACAAGCUCAGCAACAACAACUACUCAUGAUGGGCAUCAUAGUGUUGAACAAAAUAGAGAUCAGAAUGGUGAUACCAAUGGCUUUUGGACUGGAAUGUUAGGAGGAGGCUCAUGGUAAAAAAAAAUUACAUAUAUUUAUAUCUAUAUAGUGUUCAAACAACAAUCUUUGGGGAUUUAAUUUCUUUCUUUCUUUCUGUCUACCGUUUCAAAUGAUUAUUUUUCUGGUCUCCGAAUGGUCGGUGGUAUUUGUUUGGAUUUCUUGAGAAACUAACUUGAUAGGAUCAUACAAUUAAUAGUGGGUCUCUCCUCUUUCUUUAUAAACAUAUUCAUGUUUAGUGAUAUCUAUAUUUAGCAAUCAUAUCAUGAUCUUCAAUCAAGAUCGAGGGUCCUGAAACAUUACGUACUGGUACGCAUAAUGAUCAGAAGGAUUUGAAGUGAAUAGAAGAUGAUAAAGAAAAGAAAUCAAAGCCCAGUUUUUUUUGGGCUAGAGAUACAAGAAAAAGCUGUACUUGUAAUGGCAGGAGACUACGAACGAGAGAAACCAACUGUUCUGUAUCAUUGGUUAACUGGGUUUGGGGUACAAACAAUAAUGUAUGAUGUACAAUUUGUAUUAAUUUGGUUGAAUUUCUUGAUGCAAAUUUGUAUGAUUGUUUCUGUUUCUAGCUUCACUCAUCUGGUAGUGUAUAUUGUACUUUCUUGCACAAAAAGUUGAGGACUUUUUCAGUCUAUUAUUCAAGACAAUAAAGUAAACUUAGCAUGCA